CCCCCCUCUCUUCUUCUCUCCCCUCCCUCUCCUUUCCUCAGAACCGGACCAGGACGACUGCCAAGCCGCCAUUGGGUCUGACUGUUCCACCAUGAGAGACUACACGUCCACUCCAAGCCAUGGAGGCUCCUGUGUGGCCUGCUGCCAAGUUUGUGUCUUCUUCUUCACUGCAGUUCUUAUUGUCGCAGAGAGGACGGCACUGAUCUACUGCUUUGUGUACUAUCUGUGGGUGGGUCAUAACUACUGCUACGCCCAUCUGGCUGGCUUCACUGCACUCUUCCUGCUGCCAGGAUGGGGUCCUCAGUGGCUCAGCUACUUGUGGUAUCUGUCCGAUGGGCGAAUACGCAGAAAAUCUCUCACCUGGACCCACAUACUGCACCUGGGUAUCUUCAAAAGGCUGUGGGAGUGCAUGCGUCUUCCAGACAUGGACGUCUAUGGAGAGAUCAUGCAGCAGGCUGAUGUGUCUGCCUUACGCAUGUUGGAAGCCUUGGUGGUCACCCUACCUGAGACUCUGCUGCACACCUAUGUCCUCAUCUGCACCGAUAUAGGAGUCAAAUCUCCAGCAUCAGUGUGUUUCGCUGUGUGUUUGCUAUCUCUGGCCUGGGCGUUGGUCCUCUACGCCCGGGCAUGUUACCUCAUCAGACCGGGACAUCUACACAUGACCCCCGCUGGCAUCCUUUGUCGACUACUUUGGAGGGUCAGUAUGUUGGGGUCUCGAUUUGGUGUUCUCAUGCUUUUCACACGGGUCUUCAAGCAGUGGGUUCUUGGCGUCAUAGGUGUGCACUGGUUGGGGGCGACGUUUUGGAUGGUGUCUCAGCAGACUGACAUCAUACGUUCAACCAGUCGAUGGAGAGUCUUCAAUCUGAUCCUUGGUGCCAUUCACAUCUUCUUCUUCCUCAAUGUGAAAUACGGCCAAUCCCGCUACCGCAUGGCUGGCUUCUACCUGGUCAUGUUUUUAGAGAAUGUCUUUCUCCUGCUGGCUUCCUCCUGGUUGUUCAGCAUGGUGUCCUGGGAUACCGUAGGCAUCCCGCUGGCGGUCUUCUGCAGCUUUCUUAUUGGUGUGAUUGCGGUGGUGCUCUACUAUCGCUUCCUCCACCCAAAGUCCUUUGAGAUCUUUCAGAGUAUUCGUCGCAGGGGGAUCAGUGGCGCCUGCAUGGAGCGUGGAUCCAUGCUCUCGUUGGAGGAGAAAGUCACGCCUACUUUUCAUCGCCAUGCAACACUCUCUGGGGGCGGUACCCUCAUGGACCUCCCUCAUCAGUGGGAGGGCUGGAGGCAUCAUCACUGGCUACUGAUUCGUUUGGCUCUCAAGACGGGGGACAUAGCUAAGAUCUGGUCCGCCUACGGAGAAGGUGGUCUUGCUGGACUCAUGGGUCUGUCUGAAGAACUUCACUAUGGCGACGAGCCUCGACGUUUUCCACAGGCUCCACGUGUUGUACCACAGGUUCCUCAGAUGUCAAAGCCAGCUCCCCAGCCACCCCCACCACAGGUGACCCCAGCUCCACAGGAGACAGAGGUGGUGCCACCACCCAAACCAGCUCUCACCAAUGUCAUCGCCAGACCUGUGAGAAAAGCUCCUCCCACAACAAUCCAGGAUAUUAGACUGGUUCCAGAGAUCAUCCCAGUGCAGGAGGCCAUUUUGGAAGAAACCACAGAAGAGUGCAGUGCUCCACCAUCAGAGGAAAAAGGUGAUGAAGAGUUCCAGAGUGCGGUGUACGGCUCUCCUACACUGUCAUCACCUUACCAACCGGGAAGCUUGCCACAUGUCGACAGUAAUGCCGGCACCCUAACCGAGAAGUCGUCCUCGGCAGCUUCUUUGGACAUCAAGACCCCCGGCUGGUCACCCGAACGUCGCUCCCCUUUCCUGCUCAGCUCCCCUGAAAAGAAAGCAUCCAUCCCCUUAGAUCCCAACACUACGUUGUAUUUCAGCACAGAUGCGCCCUCUCCCUCCACAGGGAGCUAUCUGGGCUGGGGAUCUGAGCUGUCGCCCAUCUCCACCUACAGAAGCCCCUACCGGAUCAGGGAGGCUCGAUUCGUCACGUCUACCCCACGCCCGGAGUCUCGAGCUGGGACAGAGAGUCCAGGACUGGCUCCAGUUGUUGUCAUCCCUGCCACUCCAGGUACAACUCCACGCGCCACCCCUAGUGGGACCCCUGGUUCUAUGACCCCUGCGGCCUCUACGCCCACCGCCUCCACUCCUGGUGCUGCAACCCCUGCUAGUGCCACUACACCUGGCACCCCAAUAGUUCCACUCACUCCAGUCAUCGCCCAUGCCCGCAAACAGAUGGUCCAGUUUGUGGACAGCAGAGAAAGGGCCGUGUAAAGAAGAUGGAGUCUGUUCUUUUAACUUUGUAGGUAGAAUUAGGGAACACUCACCUGCCACAACAUUAGGUACACUUUAAAACAAAAACUGUAUCACAAAUGGUAGUAUUUUGAUACCUGAGAGGGACAGUAUCGUCGCGACAGUCCUCAGUAUGAUGCAAUGUCAAUCAAAACUCAGCAUCGUUGUUCUUGUUCAUUAUGGUGUACCUAAUGAAGUGUCCAGUGAUUGUAUAUUCACAUUAUGUUGUGAUGCAAAACAUGAAGCACUUUUUUCCCUGAUUACCGGUAAACAUCAUUUGUUUUUGGGUGGUAGUGGUGAAUAUUUUUAACAAUAUUUUCCCCCAAACUCGUAUCAGUAACUCAGACUCAUGUUUAAACUUAACAAGGAGACAUGAUUGAUAAAUUAAAAACAUUUUCAUAUAGGAUACGCUGUCGAAAAAAACCUCAUUAUAACAUUAUGAUGUUAUUUCAAAGAAGAAUUUUUGUAAGUAGGGUAAAAAAUCAGUUUACAUUAAAUACUAGGUGCAAGGGUCCAUAAUUUAUUCCUAUCUCUUUUCUAUACCACAAAUAAAUUCUUAUUUAUACUCAGUACCAGUUGAAAGUUGGUCACUCAUUCAUAUAAAAAAAACAUUGUUUGCAAAUGUGAACCUGAAAGGACUUAAAGUGUAACUUUGAAUCAUUGCUAUUUAUUGGGAGUUGUUGAGAGUAACACUGUUGCAGUGUGUCGUGUACAUCACUGGUUUUCAAAGUGUGAACCCCCCCAUGCAGAACCUAACCAACACAGACAGCAUCUUUAAAUCUGUUUUAAAAAUACACUGAACGCCCAAUUGGCUAUUUACAACCUUUUAGAGACUUAUUUUUCCAGUCUCUUCUCUCACAUAUCCAGUUUGUGUAACUGAAGAUCACUUAAAAUAUGUAAGAAUAAAAGAAAACUUUGCUGCGCUGCCCUCGAAGUCCUCACACUUUGAAAACCGUUGGUGUUAAUGAUACUCUAUGUUGCACUGCAUGGGAAUCAAGUGAUAAGGAGAUCAAGCAGUGAAGAACGCCUAACACUUUCAGUUUUGUGUUUACUUGUGCUAGCGUUUACAUUUUAUUUCACUUUGUUUGAACGACCUGUUUCCGCAAUUACAAGCCAAUCAUAAAAUACAAGCAGUUGUAUUACUAUGUGCUUGAUUUUAAAUGUUCAAAUUAAUGUUAUGUUUCUGUUUGACAUUAGUCGUGGACAUUGGAAUACCACAGAAGAAUGAACCUGAACAGGGAAUAACAUUAACCAUACUUUAUCAUGGAACAGGAAGUGGAGAGGGGUUUCUGUUUAAGUGAAAUAUCAGUGGAAUUAAAGAUACAAUUUCCAUAAUUUGUAUGAAAAUACACAUCUAGUCUUAUUUAAAAGUGGUACAAACACGAACAGCACUUUGAGUACUGUAUAUAGUGAAAAGUCAUAUGAAGCAAAUGUAGCAAGAGAAAAAAUGACUCGGUAUGUAAUUAAGAUGAGAGAAUAUCUGCAUGCUUGUUCAUCAGCAAGCCAGAGGAACACAUGCAUCUGCUGCACACAUUGUAGUAGACAUUGCACAUGCUUGAAUGUGAGCACAACAGCAAUAAAGCCGCUAAUGACAUGUAUCUUUGUGCACUAAUGGGAAAAUAUGCACGCUUUAAGACUGGGAGAUUUAUUGGCUUCCUUGUCAUGAAAUGGUGAUUUUCGGCAGCCAUGAUUGUUUGUGUGUGUGUAUGUGCAUUGCCUCCAAGUAGCCCACAAAGCACUGAGCUCUCUCGUGAUAUUGCCUGAUUUUAUACACAUUGUUUUCCUGCUUAAUUUAGACACGGAGCUGUGUGGACAUAUAUGGUGCAGUAUGUCAAGGUAUUUUUGUUUGUUGUUUUCUGUAACAUCAUAUUUAACUUCAUUUCUACAGAGAUUUCCACAGCUGCUGCAUUUAGCGGUCCAGAGACACUAACUGUGCUGUUGAUGUGACAAAAUAAAGUCAUUAAU